AUGGGUGAUGGAAUCAGUGAGACUGAUGUUGCUACCGAAGCUCUUGUGUUCAUGGUGGUUGGCCUACAAGGACAUUGGAAGGCUCCCAUUGCUUACUUCCUGACCAAGUCUCUCUCUCCAGAAACACAAAGGGUCCUUCUCAGUCAUGCUUUGGAGGAGUUGCAUGCACGGGGCAUUCGGGUGGUAUGUGUAACAAUGGAUGGGCAUGCCUCCAAUGUCAGCAUGUGUAACCAACUUGGGUGUGAGCUGAAGGGAGACCCACAAGAGCCACUUCAAACCAGUUUCUUGCAUCCGGUGACUGAUACUUGUCAGUCAUGGAUUUGUCAUCAUAUCGACACGUUGAUGCUGAUGAUUCCUGAACUGCUCAAGUUCAGAGGUAGUGGUCACCUACAGGUUCAGCCAGGAUCACUUGGAGCUCCUAUUAAUUCAAUCAGAGCGUCAGGCGGCUGGAAUAACAAUCCAUCAGCACCCGUUCCAGGCUAUCUUCCGCCGUCUGAUUGUUCGGUGUGGUGUCUACCAGCUCCAUCUCCAUUCGCCAACAUUUCGGCACUUGUGUGUGACCACAGUUAUCUUCCCACUCGUUUUGGUGGUCUGGUGGAAAAUGCUCUGGUCUACAUAGCAGGGUUUGUAGUCCGGCAGAUUCUACGAAAGCUGUCCUGUGAUGUGUGCCGUGCGAGCUUGGUCAGAGAUGCUGUACCAUCUUCAUUUGAUAACAGCUACCACCUUCUGACCCUGAAAAACAAUGGUGGCCUAGUGAUUCCUUCACAAGGCACAGUGAAGGUGCUGAGAGCUGCAGAGAAGGUGAUCCGCCGAGCUUCGACAAUGCACACUCCUAAGGUGUCAACAGUCACACACAUCGUACGGGAGGAGAUUGGAACGGAGGACGUUUUUCUGCUUGAGGAACACAUUGAGGAGACACAGUUUGGCAUCGACAACCAUCAUUCUGACUUGUUGUCAUUGGUUGUGUCUGUGUUUUUCAAAAUAAGGCUGCACCACAUUGCAAAACUCACCUCUCUUGAACUGCAGAAAGGGAGCACGAGAAAGAAGCUCUGCAAAACAGUCCUCUUUCAGGGGUUUUAGCGAGCGGUGUACGGUUUACUGUAAAUCUGUUUGUUUGUUUGUGUUUUAUCAACUCUUUGUGCUUGUGAUUGCAUUUUAUCUCAUCGCUUUCACUCUGGGUUCUGUAAAGCAUUUUGUAUCUGUGUUUUGAAAAUUGCUGCAUAACUUAAGAUUUGUGACUUCUUAAGGGAGAUUCAACCAAGUAAAUGUGCAGUUUAAAUAAAAACUGCCACUUUUCAUUUCAUCCUGCUACUUUAAACAAGUACUGGUACGCGUGCUUUGUUAGGGGUGCAAGACAUAUAAACGCAAUAUCAUUAUACAGCAGAUUGUUA